AUGGAAAGCUCGAAAAACAAGAAAAGGACACAUAGUUGUUUGGAUGAAGUUGAUUGGACUUCAUUUUUUACAAGCUUCGAGAGCGAGCAAGAUUCCGGUGAUUCAGACGAUUCUUAUUCCGGUUAUUACUCUAUAGACGAAGAAAACGAAGAAAAAACUAUUUCUGAAACUUCAAAUACAACUGAAAAUAUUUCGGCUUUAUUAGCAUCUCUGUCAACACCUGCAAUUUCUUCAGAUCAUUCAAACACAAAUGAUGACUCUUGCUCAGUAUGCCCUAUAUGCUUGCACAGUUUUCAAGAUCGAAGCUACCUAGACACUUGUUAUCAUUCUUUCUGUGUCUCAUGUAUCCGCACAUGGCUAUCCAUUUCAUCUAAAUGUCCACUUUGCAAGAGUAAAAUUGAAUUUAUAAUUCAUGAUAUUAAUGAAUCCAACGGUACAUUUCAAAAGUUUUACGUGGGCGAUUCUAAAGAUUACACCGAAAUUCAUCGACAAAAACUAAAACGUAGAAAAUGGAUUAUGGAAAUUUCAAAUGAAAAAUUUCGUAAUAUAAAAUCUGAAUCAAAGAAACAAUCUUCGUCGUCUUCUUCUUCUGAAGUAAUAAUUGAUCGUAUAAAAAUUUAUAAUAAGAAUCUUUUGGCGAAAAAUGUACCUCAAUGUAAAAAACGUUCUCAUGAUCUUAAUUAUGAUCGAAUACGACCUUUUAUUUCACGCGAUUUGAAAGCUAUUCUUUCAGAUGCUCAUGAUCAAAUAAUUGAAGAACACAUACAAUCAAUAAUAAUGACUUAUUAUAAACAACGGAAAUCUAAAGAUGAAAUUAUUAAAAAAUUGAAACCAUGGUUGGGCGGGUCAACUGAAAAAUUUUUAAAUGAAACAUUUCUGUUCAUUGAAAGUUGCCUGAAAAUUGAUCAGUGGGACAAAUUGGUGACGUAUAGUGAAUUAUAG